CUUCUAUUAAUAGUGGACAUAAUUAAUACUCCCCAUUAGCAGUGCUAGCAAUGGCAAUAUCAAUCACAUUCCUCAUCCUCUCUUUAUCAGCUCUCCUCGCUCUCCUUUCCAUCCCUCCAACUCUCGUCAUCGCCGGCGACAGCAACGUUCUCCUGACGGGAGAAGUCCUCACCACUGACGGCCAACUCUCGUAUGGCAACACCGCCUUCAUCAUCCAAGAUGACUGCAACCUCGUCCUCUACAACAACGCUAACGGGUUCCAAUCCAACACCCACUCCGACGGCCUCAACUGCACCCUAACCCUCAGCGACCACGGCCACGAUGGGUCCACCGCCUGGACUUCCGGCUCACCCAGCCCAAAAAAAGGCAACUACGCCGCAGUCCUGCGCCCCGAUGGACAGGUUGCCGUCUACGGCCCAUCCGUCUGGUCGACGCCUGAACCGAGCUCGCCGAGCCCCAAAAAUGUCGUCUACGAGUCUGAACUCGACGGAAUCAUCCCGGUGGUGCGAAACCUGCUGUUCUCGUCGCAGACUCUGUACAACGGGGCGUCUCUGGCGACGAGGGACUACUCGUUGGUAAUGCGGGAGGAUUGUAACCUGGAGCUGACGAAGGCGAAUUCUGACCGCGCCGUGUGGCAGUCGUCGAGUGCUGGCGAAGGGAAGCAUUGCUUCCUGAGGCUCGAUCACAGAGGGCAGCUGGUCGUAGCCGAUGACCGGUAUAAGGCCGUGUGGGUUAGUAGCAAGGUGGGAGGGGGGAAGGAUGGGGAUUACGUGCUCGUGUUGAAGGUCCAUGGGCAGGCUGUUGUGUAUGGACCCGUUGUUUGGUCCACUGCGAGCACUUGAUUUA